AAUAACUCGUUAGCUGUUUGAGGAAAAAAAUAUGGAUAAAGAUAAUUAGACGGGGGCGCCUGCCCAAUAUCGAAAAACGUUCGGGUAAAAACUAAAACCAAAACCAAAAUCAGAAAAUUAAACAAGACGAAGAAGAAAACAUCCAGAGAGCGAAAGAAGUGAAAAUUUUUGAUUUUAGCAAAUGGCUGAGGAAAACAAAUUGAAGAUUCCACCACAGUACGAUUUGAAUGCCAAGUGGGAUGCUUGUCUCGAUUUGGGUGUCCGCCGAUUCGUCUAUUCUUCAUUGGCCGGUGCCUUCACCGGCCUCCUCCUCUUCCGAAGUCCAGUUACACGCUGGGCAUCAGUAGCUUUUGGUGCUGGAGUGGGUAUUGGUUCUGCAUAUAAAGAGUGCUCUCUGAAGUUUGAUGGAUCUUCACCAAAAUUGACUCCAAAGGUUUCUGAUGCCCCAGUUUCUAAGGAUGAGCAGGAUUGAAGUCGACAUUUGCAUUGUCGCUCUGAAUUACAUUUUCCAUAUCUAGAAGCCCUCGUUCGCAUUUUCAUCAACAACUUUUCCCCUCCAAAUGUAUUCCCAAGAUUGUUUUGGAUGUUUAAUUGUUGACUGCUAUGUAGGUCUGAGAUGAAUUGUUCUGCUACUGGCUCUACAUGAAAUUUAAACAGAAAGUAAAAGGUAAUAAUUGCUUUUUAUUGCAGAUUGAAUUACAUGUUUGCUUCACUAAAUAGCUGAUGUAUUUGUAA